UUCAUCGUGUCCAAUGAAUACAACAUCACCGAAGUCCUCGUUGGCUAAACUUGGUAUUCAUACCAAACAGAAAUCUCUGAAGGUUAUGGUUCUGGGUCAAAGUGGUGUGGGUAAAACCGCUAUGGUUGUACGAUUCAUUACACGCCGUUACAUUGGUGAAUAUGAUCCGAAUUUGGAAAAAGUUUAUACCUUUAAUACAACGCUAGACAAUGAUUAUGUUCAAUUUGAUAUAUUGGAUGCUACGGGACAACAAAAUGAAAACGAUUGCAGUAAUUUGGAAACAAAUAUACGUUGGGCUGACGCCUUCAUUUUAAUGUACUCAGUUACCGACAAGUGCAGUUUCGACGAAUGCAAUCGUCUGAAAUUUCUCAUCAAUUACAAUAAGAAGCGGCGUAAGUUGGGCUCAAACAGUAAGGACGGUAUGGCGGAUGUCCCCGUCAUAUUAGUGGGAAAUAAAAACGAUCAAACUGGUGAUCGUAUGGUCAGUGUAGAGGAGGGUCGAAGGAGAUUUCAAGAAUUAUCCUGUGCCUGUUUCCAUGAGAUCUCAGUUAGAGAGAGUGUGGAUCAGGUCCAGGAUGUAUUUCGAGAUGUUUUCCGGUUUUGGCGAGUAUCUAGCAAAAAUCCCAAACUCAAACGUUCCACAAGUGAUGUUCAAAACGAGGCCAUAAGUCCAGAUUCCGGUUGUUCAUUCUAUGAGACCGCCUCUCUGGUCAAUGAAACAAGACGUUCCUUUUUGGUGAUAGGCAGUGCAUGCCCGGAGGAGAAUGACCAUUCCGAAUCAAAUGACGAUAUGAGAUCUAGCAGCUUGAAUAGUUCUCACAGUGAAUUGGAGACACCAUUCCGCAGUCGUGCAUCGACAGAUGGUACAUUGUUGUCGAGGCCACGACGUUGGCGUUAUCCACCACCAGGCUGUCUUCUACCGCACACAAAUCGGGUCGAACGACGCAUGAGCAUUUCGACAAGAGGCAGCAAUGCCAGCUAUUGA